UACGGCCUGGAGUCUGCAGGCGAAGGGGGGAGUGGGGGAACCUGUCUUGCCCAGGCAGCCGCUAGGAGGGUGCCCGCAUGCGGAGGGCUGGGGGACCACAGAUCACCAGUACCAAGGGGGUCGCCAUGAUGGCCUGCUGCGUGGCUGCCAAUUGCGGCAACAUCACGAAAUCUUGGAAGACGCUUUUCCGCUUCCCCAAGGACCCCGCGGUGCGGCUGCCGUGGGACCAUUUUGUGCGGUGCGGCCGUGCGGACUGGUACGGGGGGGGGAAUCACUGCUCCGUCAUGUGUUCUGACAACUUCGCCCCUGCCUGUUUCGAUAUCUCUUCGAACUUGGGCUUCUCUCCGCACCUCAGGCUCGCGGUGGGUGCUGUGCCCACUCUGCACUGGGGUGCCGUCCCCAGAACCUUAGGGGAAAGAAGAGGGAGACCAAGCGGUCCCCGAAAAUGGAGGAGAGCUUCAGGCGGCCAGGCAUUCUAAGGCUGCCCCGGGUCCAGACUGUUGUAUACUCCAGCCGGGAAGAGGGCUGCGGCUUCACGGGUAAAAGAAAACUCAGAAGGUCACAGAGGGUCAUGGAAGGACCUCCGGACUGGGUUCUAGGCUCCUUCACUUAGCGUCCCCUUGGGAAAGGCUCCUCAACUCCAAAGUUUCUAUUUUCUCAUCUUUAAAAUUAGCAGUGUGGUUUAGAAGGGAUCUCCACCGUCCCAUUUAGCAUUAAC